CUGAAAUUGUAAAAUCACGAUUGAUUGUUCAGAUGACAAAAGUGCUGAGAUUAUAAUUUUAAAAAAUGUGGAAACUGUUAAAGAUUUCACAAAUCCGCGAGAUGGCUACUAAAAUAGAAAACUUUUCUUAACCUCUAGUUGUUUACUCAAUAAUCCCAGGCUCUGAUUAUCACUUGAUAGAGUUUUAUAGGUUUCACUGAGAGCUGGAUGUCUCUUCUCACAGUAUCCGCGGCAAUUGGGGGAAAACCAUGAAAUUUCCUGAAAAACCUUUGCUUUUUAUGAAUAGCAUCUUUUGGAAACUGCAAACGCAGAGCUGUAAAAGCAGACGGCUCAACCACAGAGGAAAUUAGGCUAGGGUGGAGACAAUGGCUCCAUCAGGCCAAAAUUCCAAUGAACAAUCUCCAGCUGACCUGAACGGAGUGUUUGUUCACUUGCUGCACAUCCUGGUGUCCCUGUAUGCUUACAACGAAGUCGUAAUACAGCAGCACUAUGACCGAAAGCCAGUGUACUUCUUUGCUCAUCCAUGGUUCCUGCUGGGAAUCCUCGUCGACAUCCUGGGGAUUUUGAGAUAUUCCACGGACAAGUUCAACUUGGCCAAGUUCCAAAUGAUGAAUAUCGCCUCGCUUUUUUAUUGCACAAUCGGAGUUCCUUUUUUGGCGGCACAUUAUCAUCUCAUCAACGGCAUGCCUUUGAAAGUGGCCUACGCACAUUUGUUCCUCGCCAUUUUGCCAUAUGUGUUAUUCAGGAGACGGAAAUACGGACCUUUGUAUGAGGUGACGAGGUACACCAUCAUCCUGGCUUGUGUGUCCGGUCUUUUCGGCGCCCUGGUGUCAAUUCAUGUCCUAGCCUUUCUCGCCUUCUUCCUCAUCUUAUACGCCGUGGAACGGAUCGGAACAGGCCCGGAGACCCACAAGAAUCUAUCGAUGUACCACUGGUUCAUGCUCUACCUGUGCUUGGUCAACGUUUCCAUGGCCCUGUCGCAGUCGCCCUUGAACAACAUUUACGAAAUCACUCCCCAAAUCGUCUCAGACACACUCAAGUACACCAGGUAUCAGGUUCUCAGGACCCCGCCGGUCACCUUGUUCCGAGGCAUGAUGGGCAGAGGCAGCGACAACACCAAGGAGACUAAACUCUUGUACGCAGAACUCAAGGACAAUGGUUGGGACAUGGAUGAGCGAGUGAGUCGCCAGGCCAAGCGAGUGGGCUUCAAUGAAGACGACGAUGAUGAGUUGGCAACAGGCAAGGGGAAACACGGGAAGAGUAAAAGGGGUAAAGGGCCCAAGGGGAAGAAGGGAAAGACUGCUGUCAUCAUGGAGCCCAAGGGAAAGACAGGGAUGUCGGAGCCCAACAAGGGGAAGGCAGCCGGCAAAGCCGUGCUCAACCAACAUCAGAAGGGCAAAGCCGGCAAGCAGCAGCAGUUGCAAAAGUUGCUUGAUGACUACUAUGCGGAUGAGCAAGAAACCGGAGGAUUCUUCUCGUACUUUUUUGGACGAUGAUUCGAACAUAAUUACGCCAGUUUUCUUCGUGUUCUCAUGAUUCACGAAUCACUGUUGUGAGAAUAAAAUGAAAAUAAACACGUGCAUGCGUGGAUUGCCAUCUC